CAAAAAAUAAGGGCUUUCCAAUCUUUUUUGAAGCAAUUAUCUGUGCCUGGAUAUUACAGACCAUGUUAGAGGUUUGCAUAGACAGUUUAGAAUCGGCGAUAAACGCAAUCCAUGGUGGCGCCGACGAGAUAGAAGUAUGUAGUUCUCUCACUGAGGGCGGCCUUACCCCAUCACCAGGUUUGGUCAAGGAAAUAGUAGAAAUGGUGAAUAAUACAGCAGCCGGGAAACCAAUCCGUAAAUCAUGUCACGAUUGCGGUUGCGAUAAAUUAACGAAGAGGGCAAAAGUGAAUGUAAUGAUCAGAUGCCGUACGGGCUCCGACUUUCAUUAUUCGGAACAGGAGAUGGAUACGAUGUUAUCUGAUGUCGAAGUUUUCAAAGCAUAUGGUGUGGACAGAUUUGUUUUUGGGGCACUUACAGGCUCUCAGGACAUAGAUGAGAAGAACUGCGAAAAAAUAAGAAAUAAGGCGGGUGAUAUCCCCCUUACGUUCCAUAGAGCCUUCGACGUCUGCACAGACCCUCUUUCUGCAGUCAAUAAAAUAGCUGCAUUACGUUUUAGUAGACUGCUGACGAGCGGGCAAAAGGCGUCUGCUAAUGAUAUCCAAGCUGUUCAACUUCUAAAGGUACUUAGCAGUACUUUUGGUGAUAAAAUAGAGAUUAUGCCAGGAGCCGGCGUGACUGUUGAGAAUGCAAAGAACUUUAUUGAUAUUGGCUGUAAAAUAGUUCACAGUUCAUGCAAACGAAUAGAUAUUUGCCGCAGAUUAAGAAUGGAUUAAGUAUGGGUACGAGUGAUAGUGAGCAUAUAUUUGUUACUGACGAGACUAUUGUUAAGAAGAUGAAAGAGGUCCUAAGAAUAAGUUGAACAUUCCA